AAAAAACUAACAGAGAGAAGCGGAGGCGGCGUGCACUGCCAGGGACCGUGCGACGAGCCAGCCCUAACUUUUUCUCUGCUGCCGCUGCCGACGUCGCCGACCGAGCCACCUCCUCUCGGCCGCUACCUCUAGCCGCCACCUACCGCUGCCGUUGUCGCGGGCCAAGCCGCCUCCUUUACCCGAAACUUGGAGGUCUUCUGUUGUUAUCCUAUUUGAAACUAAACUCCAGCUUGUGGCUUAGAAGCACAUGGCGUUUCCAUUUUUACCUUCCAAGCGUCCUUAUGAACGAAAUCCCUUAGAGCCCAAUGGUAGGGGUAAGUGGCAAAAGACUGGACCUUCUAUAACACAGCAAAAUCAGCUGAAAGUGCCUCCAGGUGCUAUUAUCUUCCGAGUACUUUGUCCUGCUUCAAAAUCUGGAAGCGUGAUUGGUAAAGGUGGAGGUAUUGUAGCAAGGAUACGUCAAGAGACUGGUGCAAAGAUUAGACUUGAAGAGACUGUCCCUGGAUGUGAUGAGAGAGUUAUUGUAGUUACUGGGCUGGAGAAAGAUGCAGAACUAGGCAACGAACAGGGUAAAGAAGAUGAUGAAGAAACUGGUACCGAUGAUGGUGGUGAUAACUCCCAGGAAAUCACUGAGAACAUUGAAGGAGCUAAGGAUUCUUCUCCUGUGGAGAGUUCAAAGUUUGAUGGAGUACCAUCAUCAGUAGUGAAGGCUCUCCUGCUUGUAUUUGAGAGAAUAAUUGAAGGUGAAGCAGAAAAUGACGAUGAAGAUGAAGCAAAUAAGAAGCUUUCCAAUGUUUCUGCAAGAUUACUAGUUCUGUCUAACCAGGUGGGUUGCCUCCUUGGAAAGGGUGGGAGUGUAAUCAAGCAAAUGUCAGCUGAUAGUGGAGCCCAGAUACGGAUACUCCCAAGAGAUAAACUUCCAUUGUGUGCUUCACAACAGGAUGAAAUUGUCCAGUUAACAGGAGGGGUUGAAUCAGUGAAGAAAGCUCUUCAUUUAGUUGCUCAGCAGCUUCUGGAUAAUCCACCCCGUGAACGUGAUUUGUUCCCUCCAAUGGGUUCUUCUGGUCCAUCAUCUCAUCCAUUUGCUUCUGGUCCUCGGCCAGAAGGCGUUCCACCGCUAAAUUAUCAUCAUCCCCAUCAAGGGCCACCAUUCUCAAACAGGCCCCAUCACAUUGCUGACUUUCAUCCAAGCAUCGGUCCACCUUUUCCUAAAUUUCAUGAAAGUGGACCACCUCUGCAGCCUCAACUUUCUCCAGAGCUAAUAACUUACAGGUUAUUCUGUUCCAGUGACAAAGUUGGAAGUGUGAUAGGGAAGGGAGGGAACAUUGUUAAAGCUCUUCAAAAUGACACUGGUUGUGAAAUUAAAGUUCUGGAGACAACUCCUGAAUCAGAUGAUCGGAUUAUAGUGAUAUCUGGUCUUGCGCUUCCAAGUGAUAGGAUCGCACCAGUACAGGAUGCAGUUCUUCGUGUUCAGCAUAGACUAGUGAUGGCUGUACCAGAUGCUAAAGAUAGCACUGUUUUGUCAAGGCUUCUUGUUGCUUCCAACCAAACUGGUUGUCUUCUUGGCAAAGGUGGUGCUAUAAUAGCAGAAAUGAGGAAGCUUUCGGGAGCUCAUAUUCGUAUUCUCGGUAAAGAUCAGAUCCCCAAGGGUGUGCCAGAAAAUGAUGAGGUAGUCCAGAUAUCUGGUGAAUUUGGAGCAGUUCAGGAAGCUUUGUUGCAAAUAACCUCUAGACUGAAGCAUCACGUUUUUCGUGAUAAGUUAUCUGCUAUGAAUCCUAAUGCGCCUCCUGCUUUUAUCGAGCAAUUACCUCCAUAUGGUCUGUACAUGGGGAGGAGGGAAUCUUCACCCUCCAGGUUGUACCCGAAUUUGCCCCCAUUUCAGAAGGAUCCUGUUGGUCGCCUGUUUGAAGAAAGAUCUGCAUUUGCACAUCCAGUUCAUGGUCUGGGUAUUCCACCACUUGGUAUUGAAAGACCUGCACCAUGGCUGCCUCAGGGUAUGAGGGAUGUAGGCGGUCCCAUGCCUUUACCUGAUUACCCAGGAGGAGUUCCACAAAGAAGGAUGGGUGGAUUUGCUAGUGGAAGCCAGCCAGUGCCUAUCACAAGUGUAGAUGUUGUGGUUCCUCGAUCCCUUGUACCUUCUAUCUAUGGUGAAGAUGGAGGUUGCCUGAGGCAUAUCCGUGAGAUCUCAGAAGCCAAAAUUACCAUCACUGAACCCAGACCUGAGGCAACAGAGACAGUGAUUAUAAUAUCUGGAACACCAGAGCAGACCCAUGCUGCCCAAAGCCUCAUCCAGGCUUUUGUAUUGAGUGAAACUGGUUCUUUAGAUUCCACCAAACCCUGAGGUGACAUUCAUUUUUUCAUGCUUGAUCUUUCUGAUCUUCACAUUAAGAUUGCUGCAAUUUGGAAUAGGUAUUAUGAUGCUUCAUUUGAUGGGCAUACAUCAUAUGUAUACCUAUUCUUAUGUUCUUGUAUUUUUGGACUUGGUCUGUUAAGUAUCUAAUCAAUGACUUUUUGUUAUUGCGGCACUUUAUUUUUGACCUCAGCCAAUCAAGAAGCUUCAACGAAGAACAUGUUUGCAGAAUAGAGACUUUAAAGUUUCAUUCCAGUCAAACAAUUCUAUGGCUUUUUUCUGAAUUUUGCAGAUGCUGGUAUUUCUGUAGAGGAUUCACAACUAUAAAUGAGCACUUAGCUUAAGGAGUUAGUUUGUCCUCAAAACUAGUGAACAAAGAAUUUUUGAAAUUUUUGUAUGAGCUAAAUUAGAAUUUGAUCAUUUUGAACUCUUUUCGCAAGACAAUGAACAUGAGUUUGUUGUUGUUUGGAUGUUGCAUAUGUUAACAGCAAAAAGAGUGUGGUAUCUUGAAUUAUAUCUCAAAGUAUUAUGAGUUUUGGUA